AUGCACCCCCCCUUCACAUUCCACUCCCUCCUCCUCCUCCUCCUCCUCCUCUACUAUUUCUCCCUCUCCCUCAUCCUCGCCAUACCUCUUCCCAUCCCUUUCCCCCUAUCCCUCCCUCCUCUCCUAGACACCAUAAUCAACACCACCAUAACCCUCUCCACCCUCAAUUCCCCUCCCCCAGCACUCCUCACAACAAAACUCCACUCCGAAGAAUGUAUCAAUAUUAAUCAGGGACAAUUACUUUGUUGUGAGGAUUUAAUUGAUGGGGAUCAACCUGUUGUUUUGGAGGCGGCGAGAUUGUUUGGGUUGAGUUUGAAUCGGGAUAGUGGGAAUGGGGUUGCGUGCAAAGAUUUAAACGAUGGCGGAUAUUGUCCAGCGGUCGAACAUAGACUUUGUUGUCAAGUAACAGAUUUGGAAUUCUACCCAUCACAAAUUAUUACUCCAACAAACCCUCAAUUCAAUCACUCUUAA